AUGGAAGCGCCAACGACUUUUCAUCUCUUCUCCAAACUCCCAGCCGAGCUACGCCUCCGCAUCUGGGAGUUCAACCUGCCAGCAUGGCGCAUCGUCCCUCUCCGGUGCGGCUCUGACAUCUCUGCACCACCACCACCACCACCCGGUCCGGAUCCUGAAGAUGCCACAAACCAGAGCCUCACAACCACCGGUAGAAGCAGGCCCAUCGACUGCUCUUCCUCGGCCCCCAUCCCGGCCAACCUGCACACCUGCGUCGAGUCCCGGACCCAGGCCCUCUCCCACUACUCCCUCUCCUUCUCCUUCGCCCGCCAGCCCCCGCACGUCUUCUUCGACCCCCGGACUGAUAUCCUCUACUUCGGCCCCCGCCACGACGGCUACAUGGCCGCCAACGCCCAGUUCCACACGGCCAUGUCCCUCAUCCGCCCGGACCACCUCGCCGCCGCCCGCCGCAUCGCCAUCGACGACGCCCUCUUCCAGGUUCUGCAGCCCCCCUCUUCCUCAUCAUCAUCGGACCCCGCCUCCUCUUCCCUCUACCACUCCUCCCUCGCCGUCUCCCUCACCGCCGACUGCCUCCGCCAGCUCCGCCGCCGCAUGCCCAACCUCGAGGAGAUCUUCUUCGUGCCCCACGCCCCCGCCUGGCGCGCCGCCGACGACCCCCUCCUCGUCUGCGACACCCUCGCCUGCCAGGUCCAGACCGCCAUCCGCGACCUCUCCGACCAGCUCGCCUCCUCCGGCUCCGAGCCCUGGGCCCCGCCCUGCUGGAAGAUCCUCCCGGGUCCGCUGGCCGAGCCGGCUCCCGGUCAAGCCCCGAGCCUCGUCUGCUACUGA